UCACUUGUAAUAUAAGGGGGACAGAAGUUGAUCCCUGCAGAGACCAGAGGCAAAGAAGAAGGAGAGGAGUGUCGAGGAGUCUGGGAAUGGAGGGGGAGCAGGAAACGAGACGAUCCAAGUUCAGAAGGAUCUGUGUUUUCUGUGGCAGCAGCCAGGGGAAGAAGAGAAGCUACCAAGAUGCUGCUGUGGAGCUCGGCAAGGAACUGGUGUCAAGGAGCAUCGAUCUGGUGUAUGGUGGAGGAAGUGUAGGUUUGAUGGGUUUGGUUUCUCAGGCGGUUCAUGAUGGUGGCAGGCAUGUCAUUGGGGUUAUUCCCAGGAUUCUCAUGCCUCCUGAGAUAAGUGGUGAGACUGUAGGGGAGGUGAAGGCAGUAGCAGACAUGCACCAAAGGAAGGCAGAGAUGGCAAGGAACUCUGAUGCCUUUAUUGCCUUGCCUGGAGGAUAUGGAACCCUUGAGGAGCUGCUUGAAGUCAUAACAUGGGCUCAGUUAGGCAUCCAUGACAAGCCGGUUGGCUUGCUGAACGUAGAGGGAUACUACAACUCCCUGCUAUCUUUCAUUGACCAAGCCGUGGAAGAAGGUUUCAUCAGCCCGAGCGCUCGCCACAUCGUCGUGUCUGCUCCCACAGUGAAGGAACUGGUCAAGAUGCUGGAGGAGUACUUCCCUCGGCAUGAGAGAGUUGCAUCCAAGCUGAACUGGGAGAUGGAGCAGCUGGGAUACUCUCCCAAGAGAGAGAUUUCUAGGUAGAGAGUGGAAGGAGGAGAACAAGAAGAACGCAAGUGGAACCACGUUUUGGCUUUCAGGGUUGCAGAUCGGGAGGCAGCAGAAACACUCCUACCUUGAGGAAAUGCUCAGGAUUGUCGUUCAUGUAAAUUAUCACAGUGUUCAGAUGUGUAAUGCUACCAACACAUCUUCUUCUCCAAAUGCAUAGUACUAAUCAUAACAAGGCUUUGACUGGCUUUGGCAACCAUGUAUUGUGUAUGUCCAGCUAUGAAACCUUAAGGAAAUUGCUACU